UAGAAAAAAAGUGGAAAUGGACGUUGAAUACAACGGUUGGGUCGAGGGCUAUACAGGAAAAUGAGUCUCUAAUAGCACUCGCAGUUACGCGUGACGUGCUCAUAAUCUCAUACGAGAGUCGUUUAUUUGGCCCCUAAUGAACGGCUAGAAACCUACAAUUUUAAAUACGUUUAUAUAAACAGACAGAACUUGUGACGAGUUGGUUACUCUGUUCUCAAAUGUGUCUUUUGUCGCUCGGCUCGAGUAGAGAUGUACUGCCAUGUAACCUUUUUUCUGUUCGCCUUAAUUAGUCGUGUCACCUCCAUGGAGUUGCCGAGUUACAUAACAGCUUGUUCUCGAAACGAUCCAAAUCUAAACGAUUGUGCGUUAAAAACGGCGAAAGAGUCGAUUCAUCAGUUUUCCCUCGGCGAUGAGAACAGGCACUUGCCACCCUUGGACCCCGUGUUCGUUGAAGAGAUAACGAUAUACAUUCCCAAUGAAACCGGCUUGAAAAUUGUCUUCAAGGAGAACUACUUCCAUGGGCUCUCUGGUAUGCAGAUAAAAGGUUUGAAAUUUGACUUCAAUAAGAAAACUAUAAGUGCUGAAGCCAUGGUCAACUUGGAAGUGGCGAACAAAUAUGACUUGAGUGGAAAAAUUAUGCUAGUCCCACUUAAAUCCAACGGCGAUUCGUCAAUCAAAUUAAAAAAUGCAGACCUGCGUAUAAAAAUGUGGUACGAGCACGUAACAGGAAGCGAUGGUAAAAUACAUUGGAACAUCACAAAACACGAAAUCAAGUACGACGUCGAAAGAGCUUAUUUCAGACUGGAGAACUUACUGGGUGAUAAAAAUAUAGGUGACCAAAUUAAUAAUCUACUUAAUGAGUUAUGGAAAGAAAUAGUAAACAAAGUUGGGCCUACCAUAUGUCUGUCCCUGAGCUCAGCUGUGGUCAAAAACUUGGGUGUAUUCCUGGAACAAGUUUCAUUUGAAGAAUUAUUUCCUGAAUAAACAAACCCUCAUAUAAUUAAAUAAAUUACAAUUAUUAAUUAUAGUGUAUUAAGAAAAUUCUGUUCUGAGGAGUUAUUCUUCCUUAUCCCAUCGUCCUCUUUCCUUCAGAGGACCACGCGCG